AGAUAGGAAAACGAGUUAAUUGGGGCAAAGUGUACAGUGUACAUGGGAAGUAUGUUAGUUUUGCUGCAAUGAUAGAAAAUUGCCAUCGUCAGAGGCUGUUGAUACUAAAUAUCUGCUUUUUACAUAUAUUUAUAUGAGGCUGUGGACCAGCCAGGCUCAAUUUGGUUCACGUAUCUUCUUACCAGGCAACCUAAACAUGCAGCAGUGACCAGCGUCUAGCAUCCGCCCAGGCACACAGCCAAACAUUGCGCACACUGAGAGCGCGCCCUGCGUGCUCGUGCCCGUGCUGCGUGGCACUCGGGGGCGAGCACGCUCCACGGCGCUAAUGGCGGGGAACAUGGCUGCCGCGUUGUUCGUGGUGCUGGGGCUCGCGCUCCUGCCCGUCGAGGGCCUCGAUAUGGGCUUGGGCAGCAUCCAAACUUCCGUGGAGGAGGCGGGCUCCAAGAUACGCCUCAUAUGUGUCUUGAAUGAAACCGCCACAAAGAUCACUGGCCACCGCUGGAUAAAAGCGAAUGAAGUGCUGAUGGAGGACACCCUGCCUGACCCAACAACUGUGUACGAGAUGGACGCUGCCAACAAAACCGGGGACUACUCCUGCCUCUUUCUCCCCGAACCCGCGGUCAGGGCGGAACUAUCUUUGAGCAAGUCCCCUAAAGUGAAGGCCGUGAAGAAGUCGGAGGGUGCCAAUGAAGGCGAUUCCAUCACGCUGGCCUGCAAGUCAGAGUCCUUCCCCCGGGUGACCCACUGGACCUGGUACAAGAAGGCCGACACCGGAGACCAAGAGAUUGUGAAUGGCACCCAGGACAGGUUCUUCGUGAACAACACGGAGAGCGACUCGGAGGCCAGGUCAAAGCUACACAUCAAAAACCUCGACAGGAACUCUGACGGCGGCAAGUACGUGUGCAACGGCUCCACCUCCAGCGGCUCCGGCUCGGCUGUGAUCGUGCUGCACGUGCGCAGCCGCCUGGCGGCCCUGUGGCCCUUCCUGGGCAUUGUGGCCGAGGUGCUGAUCCUGGUCACCAUCAUCUUCGCCUACGAGAAGUGUCAGAAGCCAGAGGUGGUGGUGGAAGACGAUGACGCUGGUGCGACACCGCUGAAGAGCAGUGGACAGCACAUGAACAACGAAGACAAGAGCGUUCGCCAGAGGAAUCCUAUCUGAGCAGCUGGGAGCCAUCUGUAUUGUAACCCUGCCCCCCUCCCAGUGUUUGUCAGCAGAGCUCGGAAAUCUCUCGCGUCUGUCAGAAAACCCACUCGGCAAAAGCAAACUAAUAACACAAAUCAAAUAUG